UUCAAGACGAACUGCACCGCGCUUCGUUUACCGAGAUUCCAAAAUGAAGAAGGCUGAGAUUUCGCAACGGUUUCAUGUGUAUGAAAUACUAUUGAUUUUAUGUGCAAUUCAAACAACCUAUGCAACUGACGGCCAAACAAAUAUGUUCAUGGCUUGCGCCGACUUUGCGAGAAAUACGUUAAGCUGUAACAACAGGAGCAUAAUUUGCAUCGAGUCCAUAAAGAUAGGCCAGGAACCUAAAUUCAAAUGCCCCCGAGUAGAAAAUGCCAAGGAGAACGAAAAUUGUACUAAAGAAGUUGUGGAAGACUUUGUAAAGAACAAAUGCAAUGGAGCGAACGACAGUUGCAAUGUGUUUUACAGAGACACAGAGAUAUCCUCGUAUUGUAAGAGGGCAUUUAAGUAUGUCGAGAUUUUCUUCGCCUGUGUUUCUUCCCCCUCAAAGUGCUCCACGAUUCCUCCCACUUCACCGACGACCACAAAAGCCUCAACUAGCAAGCGAUUUCCGUCUGUCCAACAUGUUAUGGCCCAGAGAAUAGUUUCAUCCACGAAAAUUCCCCCAACCACCUCGCCAAGAACUUCGCCAAAAAACGUAGAAGAUCAAACAUCAAAUUCUAUUUCCCUCACUGACUCUCCCAUCACAAUCGCGCAGAAGCCUGAGCCCAACACUUCCAGGACAAGGUCAGGUCUUCCAAGUCCCGUGCAAGGCAUCAAAAUGUGCACGCGAAAAUCAAGCACAAAUGUGGCCACAAUUUCCUCCACGAAGCCGGGAAGUAACGUCGACACUACGAAACCUCCCGAUGUCAAGCGAAGUAAUGGACACUGCUUUUUACCUUGGAGAUUUCAUUUGAUGGUUAUUCUAGUGGGUUUAAUCGCAAUUCGGGUGUAACUAUGCUCUAUAGCCCCGUUGAUAUAAACCAACAUUUAUCAGGAGGGAAAAAUUAUAUUGAUUCUAUCUUUAAUCGAAUAGACCUGUUUAUGUGUAAAAUGGCGGGGAAUCCUAUUAAUAUCUAUAUAUACAAUUAGUGCACACCCGACUAUUGUCUAUUACAAAUCCUACAUUCUGAUUGGCUACUCAACCAUUGUCUAUUCGUGAUGGUGCACGGUUGGGAAAAUUUCGCUAGCGCGACCGUAUAAAAUUGAAUUACUUUUCGGUGUAAUUGCG